GCGACGAAAGUGUAUAAAGUUGAACGAACCCCAAUAAGAAUGAAGAUGCAUCAAUCCAUCCAUCCAUAGUAAAAUUAAGGGUAUGAUGCUGGAACAAUCGGAAUCCAAACCUUUCAGCAAUCCCACGAUGCCGUGUUCCAAAUUCACAACCAAACUCAAUCUUUCUAAAUGCACUAUCAACAAUGGGAUUUCACUGCAAGUCGCCGAUGAUGAUUCUGCCGUCGAGGAGCAUUUGGAGUGCUGGCCACCAACUACGGCGGUGGUUGAUAGAUUGGUACUCCAAUUGAAGGAUAAAGAUGGCGACAUGGAAGCGAAUUGGGAAAAGACAAUACUCAAUUUCAAGAAAGAGCUUGAUGCAGAGGAGGAACAAUUGAAACCGAAGUUGACUUUAACUUCGGAUGUAGUCGAUAAUAGCGAAGAUGGUGAUGGAUUUCAGAGAAGAGAUAGGGCUAGAGCUAAAUUCUCCGUUCCGCUUUCACGCCGGGAGAUGGAGAAAGACUUCGAGGAUAUGGGAGAGCGGCGGCUACCUCGGAAGCCGAAGAAGCGACCUAAAUCUGUACAAAAUCAGUUGGAUACUCUAUUUCCUGGCUUGUGGUUAACAGAGAUAAAUGCUGAUCUUUAUAGAGUUCCUGAUACAAAAAAGAGGUAGUGAUGACAAACAUGUCCUGGAGCUUGAAGGAUUUUUCCAUAAUUGUUGACAAUUGCCCAAAUAAACUGGAAUACUUUACCAUAACUGGGAAACAUCAUAUUUGAUAGGAGCAUAAAAAAUUGACAACUUUUGUGUCCCUUGAGUGAGCCUCACUACAUGUAUAGCGAUAUAAUGGUGGAUUUUGGAGAGGGCCAAGGGCAAAAUGGUCAAAUGGAACCGGUCUUUUUUCCAGGCUUCUCAUCCAUCAUUUAUGAAUUUCUUUUGAUUCUUUCAAUACCUUUGAAGUGAUGUUAUAAUUUGUAGAUAUUAGUAAAUUCUAAUUAGGUUUUUAAUUUUGUGAAAAACCCUUGAAAUUUAUAUGACUUUUCAUUAGAAAAAAGCA